AUGCUAACCUCAACCUCAACCUCGGAGAAGCUCCACACCGAACUCCUCAUAGAGGAACGCGCCAUAUCGGCCGACUACGUCUCCUUCGUGACCCGCCGCAAAAAAGACGCCGCCGCUGAACGCGCCGCAGCGAAGAGGGAGGGAUUCGACGCCUGGCCUAGUCUGCAGACUGAGCUUUGGCGCCGCUUCACGCGUGAUUCAAGAGCUAGGCUUCUGCAUGCCGAAGAGAGGAAGAGGAGACUGUAUCGCCGGAUUUUGGGCGAGUGGCUUGACAGCUCGGACUGCUCGCUUGAUGAUGCCGACAAAGAACGCCUGAAGACGAGCCUCAGGCGCUGGAUCGCCCACCGCGAGUCCGAGGGCGAGGACGAGCUCGCCGUGCUGACCGAGCGCGCAGCGCCACUCCCCAUCAGCCCCUACCGGCGCGGCGCAGGCGGGGACGACGGCGUAGUGACGGAGCAGCAACGCCGGGCACGCAAUGCGGGCAACCAGCGCCGCUCCCAGAGAAGGCAGAAGGAAGUAUUCGAAGUCAAGCUGCGCACGGCGAAAGAAGUGGCUGGGUAUCUGAGGAGGAUUGUCGUGGGAUGCUUGCGGCCCGAGAGAAGCUCGACGAGCUCGACGAGCUCGGCGAGGGUUGGGAGCAAAGACGGGCGGAAGGACACGAGGAGCAAGAUGGGAUCGGGGACUGUGAAGACGGAAACGGAGCAGGACGCAGGUUCGGACCUACAACGUCGUCGAGCGCGUGACGCACCCCGCUCUCGGGCUCCGAUUCCGAAACAGCUGGCUGCAUCGCUACCAACCCCUGCCCAGUCUAUCAACGCGCCGAGGAUCCAUUCACCCCUCACGCGUAUUCGGACCCCGGGACGCAGGACAGAUCGAGAGCCGACGCAGCUGGGCCUCUCUCGAACUGCUGCGCCUCAGGCCAUUGAAACGCAGGACCACGACGUGAUUGCACCGGCUGAGGCGUACGUGCCUGGCUCGAUUCGGCGGCGGCUCGAGGCCGAGGUGUGGCUGGCGACCAGGUCUGCACAGACUUCAAAGUUUGCUGCAGCGCGAAAGGUAAGCCGGAAGAGGAUCAGGAGGGGCUCCUUCACCGGUUCUGGCUCGUUUGCCACCGACGACCGGGCGGCUCGAAACCAUCGAGACCUACGAGACCCAACAUCCUCUCCGCCAUCUCACUCUUCAAAUCGUCCGAAGCUCCGAAGCCAGCCUGGAUGGCUUGGUAUGAGCCAAACGAGCCGCAUCCAGCUACCACGGGCUUUCCCCGCCCAGGCUACGAUCGCGGCUCCUUUGGAAUAUGGCCCUACCGGGCCCGUGGACGACAAGCGCCACCUCUGCCUCGCUGCCUUCUUAGCCACGAAUGCCUACAGGAACGGCUAUUGCCCCGAUUCGAAGCAUCCUCCUGGGCCAGACAGGAAGAUCCCCGACCAGGUCCCUGCUGACGUGUAUCGACUUGUGGUGGCGGAUAAGGCGCUCGAAAUCCAACGUUUCGUGAAUGUGUGGGGGUAUCCCGGUAGGGAUGAUGGAAUGUUUGACACUUUGGAGGAGUGGUUGGCCGCCCAGCCCGCCAUUGCUGCUACGGCUAGUCAAAUGGCGCCAUUGCCGCGGGAGGAGGUCGAGGAGUGGGUUACGAAAGCCUUGAGAGGGGCAUUCGUUGGCGAAUCGGUGCGCCAAAGGCUCACCUGGGAAGACUUGCCCAUGGCACCGGAAGUCAUGAAGCUUGUGCGUCGGGUCAAGAUACCCGCUAGUUUCAAGAAGCCGUUCAAGAAUGUGACUGGCAACGAGUAUCGCGCAGUCAGUCCCGAGGUCGCCCAGAAGCUCAUCAACUGCAAGAAGCCCAGUGAGCCGAGUCUCCCUUCGACCGUAACGCACCCGGCGGGCAGUCGAAGCACCUCGGGUGGCUCGCACAGCUCCGGCGGCAGCAGCGACGCCCCAGCUCUCUCCAGUGGUGACAGCUCCGACCCUGACGACACAUUCGAUUCUAAUGCCGGCGUGGCGUUCUUCGGCGGGACCGGGGAGGGUCAUGAUGCUCGUGCUUGUAGCUAG